GAAGCAUAGGUUGUUAAGAAUGUAGUGAUGUCUCAUGAUCAUACGGUCAGAAUGUCCGAUUUAAUUGUAAAUUGAAGGUUAUAUGAAAUUCAAGCCAUGAUAAUUAAGUAAAGAAAUUAUUCAGGGAAAAAAUAUGGCUAAAAGUUUUGAAGGGACAUUGCUAUGUGUAUAUUUUAUUACCUUGUUUACAUUUUAUGAAUGUGAAAUUCAUGAGGCUUUCUUCUCAGGAGAUUGUAAAAAAGCAACAACAUUCUGUAAACAUGAAUGCAUAAACAUAGACAAAGGCUUCAUCUGUAAAUGUCAUUCAGGUUAUCAACUACAAAAGGAUGGCCAGUCUUGUGAAAGAAUUUCUGGUUAUGAGUUCAUUGGCUCUAAUGGCAUCAGUGUAGAUACUCAUCACCUUUCAUCUGUACAAAGCAUUCCCUCAUCUCAACAACAUAACUUGGUACAUUCUGAAGCAAAUAAUCAAAUAAGUUAUAAGAAAUUAACAUUAAAAACUGAAAAUCAUAAUGUGAUAUUAGGCAAUAAAGUUGAUACUUUUACUCCUGUAAAAGACAAUGUUGUGUUGGGAGCAAAUAGUCAUCUGGCUCCUGUGGCCAUAAUGCGACCUCCAAUGUGUGAUGAGAUAAUAUGUCAAAAUGGUGGCCAUUGUGUGGUCAGAGGUCGAGCAGCUAAAUGUGAUUGUUCACUUGGUUUUGGUGGCAGAUAUUGUGAAAAGAAUGUUCCUGUAAAAUACCCCAAGUUCUCAGGAGAUGGUUUCAUGGCAUUCUCUGUCUUAACAGACAGCUACAAACAGUUUGAAGUUCAGCUAGAAAUAAGACCUGACAGUUCAAAUGGUUUGAUUUUGUUUAGCGGGGAAAAGAAAAAUGCAGAAUCUGACUUCUUUUCCAUAGCCCUGGUGGAUGGUUUUGUAGAAUUCAGGUAUGAUUGUGGUACUGGUAUGGCUGUAAUAAAAAGUAAAGACCAAGUUAACAAAGGAGAUUGGAAUAUGGUCACAGUGAAACGUGUUGGCAAUGAAGGCUCCCUGAAGCUGAAUGAUCAUGAUAUAAUACAAGGUUUAUCAAAGGGAGCUUACUCUAGACUGACUCUAAGAUUGAAGUUAUAUCUUGGUGGAUAUAUUGAUAUGACCUCUAUUGCUGAGAGAGUUGGUGUAACACAGUCAUUUGUUGGUUGCAUACAGAGUAUGAAUAUAAAUGAGGAGCAGUAUGAUAUGAGACAGGCGGACUUCUUUGGGCAAGCGGAACUAGGUCUGAAUGUUGAUGAAUGCAGUUCAGAGGAAUGUUUAGGAGUUACUUGUCAACAUGGAGGUUUAUGUACAGCUACCUCAGCAGAUCAGCAUGUAUGCUUAUGUCCCUUGGGUUGGACAGGAGAGCUGUGUCAACAAAGAGUUGAGAUACAUGUUCCAUAUUUUGCUGGCCAUUCUUUUGUUAGACACCGAGGUUUAGAAAGAUCUUCUUUAUCCUUUACUGAGAUUGAUAUGGUGUUCAAACCAAUUAGUUGGGAAGGAUUGAUAUUGUAUAAUGGCUACACUAAUGACAGAAAGGGAGAUUUUAUUUCAUUAUCCAUGAGGGAAGGACAUCUAGAAUUCCAGUUUGACCUGGGUACUGGACCGGGAGUCCUCAGGAGUAUUCAGCAUGUUACAUUAAAUGAGUGGCACAAUGUAAAAGUUACCAGAACAGGACUACAAGGUAUAAUGGAGAUAGACAAUCAAAUAAGAGUGGAAGGUAACGCUGAAGGUGGCUUCACACAACUGACAUUGCUACAGGAUCUCUACAUUGGUGGACAUGAAAACUUUGAUCAGAUAUCUAAACUAGCCAAUUUGACUUCAUCAUUCACUGGCUGUAUACAAAAGAUGAUCAUUAAUGGUCGACAUUUAGAGGUAGUGUCUGAUGCAAGAGAGGGUAUUAACAUUGACAACUGUGACCAUCCUUGUGUAGAUCAGCCAUGUUUAAAUGCUGGGGAAUGUGAACCUGAUAAAGAAGAAUAUAAUUGUUAUUGCCCUCUGGGAUAUCACGGUACAGAUUGUGACGACAUUGUUGAAGAGAAGAUAGAUGCUGCACAUUUUAGUGGACACAGUUACCUCAUGUAUUCAGAAAAGGAUAUUAUUGAAAGGGUUAAUGGAAAUAAAAUUGACAUACAGAUGAAAAUAAAACCUGAAACUAAAGAUGGACUGAUAUUUUGGAGUGGAAAACAUUAUCCAUUGACUUCAUCCAGUGACUUUUUAGCAUUAGGAUUUACAAAUGGUGCUCUUACAUUACGAUACAAUCUUGGAGGUGGUGAAGCCAAAAUAACGUAUAAUUCCACUAAUUUAUUUGAUGGGAAAUGGCAUGAUAUAAGAGUUCAAAGAGAUAAAAAAGAUAGUUUUAUAAUGGUAGACAAUUCUCAGGUUGUAGAGGGUAGUUCCCCUGGUAGUUAUACAAUCUUAAACACCAACCAAAGGCUAUAUAUAGGUGGAAUGCCUGAGGUGUCCCAGAAUUCUUUGAAUAAGUUCACAUCAGGUUUUCAUGGUUGUAUAAAAGAUAUGAUGUUAGCAGAGGAAUAUCAGUUUAACCUUGUAGACAAAGCAGAAAGUGGUAGAAAUGUUCAUUCUUGUCAGUUGCUAUCAUAGCAGUGAGGAUAAUUUGGAAGAGAGAUUCAAAUGAACAGUAUGCUUUUAAUUUACUGUGUACUGUGUUCCUUGUCAACAUUGAAAUCAUUAUAUAUGCAUUGCCUGAUACCUAGUCAUAAUAACAAGAUCUUUGUAUGAAUAUAAAUUAUGUUGUAUUAUAGUAAUUAUCUAUGACAGUUUAAAAUGUAGGUUAAUUAGAAAUUUUCAGAUCUGUACAUUUAAUUAAAUACUGUGAAUUGAAAUUUCGUGGAAGACGAUAUUGUAACUUCCUUCUUGUAAACUUUCUAAUCAUAUUUUUUUAAAGAUUGCAUGAAACAUAUAAAUCAUUGUCUUAUAUUUAUACUGUAAAUUCAGAAAUUAUUGCGUGCAUUUAUUAUUGCGAUUUUUCAAGAAUGGACAAAAAUGCGAGUUUUAUUAUUGCGAUUUCGAAAAAAGUGCAUACCGGUCUAUAUUUCAGUUAUCAGAAUGCGAGUUCUUAUUAUUGCGAUACUCACCCAGUCGCAUUAUUCGCAUUAAUAAAAACCUCGCAAUAAUUUCUGAAUUUACAGUAUUCUUGGCCAACAUUUUGACCUGGAUAAGGUAUAAACAAAUAUUCUAUUAUAGGAUACAGGACCUGUUAUAUUUAGAAAUAGACUUAGCAUUGUUCAUUGAAAUAAUAAUAAUAUCUUUUUUUAUACUGGGUUAAGGAUACAGUUUUGGUGCAAUAGGGCAGAGUAAUUUAUAGUAGAUUUUUUAUAUAUUUAUAUUACUUAAGAUUUUUAAGCUUUAAAAAUUAAUCACACUAUGCAUAAACAUAAUUAGGGUAAAUAUAUUUUUAAUAUUUGAGAUAUUUCACCCUCUAAUCAAACUCUAAAAUCCAAUGGCUUUGUGUGCUUCCUAAUUAUUUAGUAGAAGCUUUAAAACAUCUGUUUGAUAAAAGUUAUAGCCCUUGAGACUGAAAUCUGAUUUAAAAUGUCAAUAUGCUGUGUUUAAAUAAAUGUUUUGUCUAUCUGCAAAAAAGGCUUGACUUAGAUGUAGUUAUUGAUUCUGUAUGUUAAAUCUGAGAGUUUAUUCAUUUCAGAAUGACCAUUGAUAUAGGUUACGCUGUUUUACAUAAGUUAAUAUUUUAUACAGUAUCUUACCUAUAUGAGUACAACUCAGUGACUUUAGAGUUGGAGUGUUAAAUUGUUUUAAAUGCAAAUUCUUACACCAGCUUUCUUAGAAUACAAACCAACAUUUCUAUGUGACAUGACAUUAUAAGGGGUGAGUAAAAACUUAUUCCUACCUGUUGUCUUUCAUUAGCUAUCGAAAAUUAUAUAAAUCUCCCAAAACACGGAAAAAGGGUCAUCAUAUACCUAAAAGGAAGAGACUAGUAUUUGUAAAAACUGUCAAUUCAGGAUACUGUUUCCAGCUCUUAGGAAUGCUACAGCAAAUUAAACAAGAUUUCACAUUUAUCACCCUAACACCUGCCACGUUUUUUUUAUUUAUAAAUCAGACAGAAUUAGUGUCUAUUGUUUUAACUAUUUUUAUAUUUUAGGAAGAAGGCAGUUGCUCAAUUUCAAUAAUCUUCCAAAUUAAUUCAGUUGAACUGUAUAAUUCCAUUUAAAUACAGAGUCAGAAAUUGAAAGAUAUGACUAUUUUUCAACCAUUUUGUAGGGUACAUCAUUAGAAUGAAGUACAGUGUUGGGGCCAUUAUACAGUUUUCCUGCAACGCAGGCAAGACCAGUCUUGUUUAACAUAUGAAGUGCAUAAUAAGGAAAUAUGCUUUAAAAGCAUUACCUCAUAAAUGUUAUAUAUGAUUUUAAUGUGAAUGUAAUUUGUUCAAUAUAUGCAACUACCCGUAAUUAAAACUAUAAACAUGUGGAUUUCUUGAUCCGGUUCAUUGGCUUUCAAUGUCUGGAUCACCAGAAAUUUAUCAGUGCAUUCAAUUAAAGAAUUAUACAAGUAAAGUUGAAGGACAUACAUAUUGAAGUAACUUUACAUUACUUCAUUACAUUCAGCGGCCCAUGCAAAAUUUGAAUUCACUAAAAAUAUAAAUGUCUCUGCUAUCUUUACACAGUAUUUAAACUCGUAAGUAUAAAAGAGAGGUGUUUCAAUAUUCCAGUGUAAUGCAGCUUUCCUUUGUAUGAUUGUGAAAAUUUGCUUUUGCAGUAUUUAAACUUGCAGUACAUUAGUUAUUAAAUACUUUAGAAUACUUUUUGUCCUGUAAGCAGCACUUAGGAAUUUGCUUAUACUGACUGGAUCUCUGCUUUUAUUGUAAAUGAUAUGUCAGUAAGCUCAAUAGAACUUUGAUUUAUAUUGGUUUAUGUAGAUCUGAACAUUAUUUAAGUCUAUACAACUACAAAAGGGGUUCUACACUCAGUUGAGUCAUCUAAAAAAAUUGAAAAGUGCACUAAAUCUAGUGAUGUAUGACGGAUCUAUGACAAACAUCAACUGUUUACCCUUGAUGCACUGCUGCUUCCUUCACUCAUAAAACUCAUCACCAUAAAAAAAAAGAAAAUGUUAAAAGAUAAACCCUUUUAGAAACAAACAACAGAGACCAGUAUUUUAUUAUUUUGCACUGAACAUUUAAAACAUUGAAUGAGUAGAGACCUGGAGAUCUUCCUACACAAAUUCAUUGGGAUGUAUGUUUAUUUACCCAGAAUAGUUAAAUUGAGCAUGCAUACUCUCUCUGAUUUAAAAAUGUACUUGUACUCAAUUUGAUUUGUAAAAUUUUUUUUUACCAUUAGGUCUUAUACCCCUUUGAAGAACCCAUAAGUUUAUAAUUAAGCAUCUAGCUGUCUGAGUGCAGAUUUUAUUUGCAUAAAUUUUAAAUGUAGACAUUAAAUGUAUAAGAUUUUGUGAAACAUUCCAGUAUAAAGCAGCUUGCCUUUGGAUGGUUGUGAGAACUUGCUUUUACAGUAUUUGGUUGUGAUAUAUAUUAAUUUUUAUGAUAUUUUUUCACUGUUUAUGUAGUUAGAACAAACAUGUUCUUCAUAUUUGAAGCUGUGUUUUCCUGAUAAAUAUAUUUUACUGGAUUCCCAAAACGGUCCUUUCCACUUAACUACUGUAGUUACCGGAACUAUCAAACUGGUCAGCCACAACAACUUGAGAACUUUAUUUCAAUUUGAGAGAAAAAGACAGUAUAUACACCAUGAACUGCUACCUCUAUUGGGAGAUUGGUCUUAAUAUGUGUGAAAUAUCUGCCACUGACAUAAAUAUGCCAUAAUAAGUUAAAUUAAGUGUUAAGUGUAUUUUGAUUUAAGAUGUUUAUGCAGCAGGAUAUUGUAGCUUUACUGUUUAUGGUUGUGAUAAUAUUUUCUAUGUUAUUUACCUAUGUAUGGUUGUGCUUAUCAUGUUACUCCAAUCUUAUAUUGUUGUUGGUGAUUAAUUGAAUCAGUUUACUUAUAUGAUUGAAUGAUUUUUGUAAAGAAUAAUAAAAAAUGUGAAGGCUAUUUUAGUUUUUAAUGUGAAAUGUAAAGUAAGACUGUUAUCAUUCACCUUGCAUUGUCAAUGUGUCAUCGUCUUAAAUAAAAGUUGACCCGAAAUCACAUUUAGUGAGUAUAGUUUUAGAAUAAUAUCCAAUGAUGAAAAGGUUAAUAGUUCCAAAAUAGCAUGCAUUUAUGCCAAUAACAAAACAAUAUUUUUACAUUUUUAUAGAUAGAAUAAAGGAAUAAAAUAGGCAAAAUAAUAGUUUUCUAUUUCCAUCACUAAUAAUAUUUAGCUGACUUCUAGUAUAUUAUAAUGUAGGUUAAGGUUCAUGCGGACCCUUUGGCUAAAAUAGCUGCAUUUUCACCUCAACAUUUACUCAUGAGUACACCCAAACCUGUGUAUCUGGAAAUUUUUUAAGGCAUAGCAUGCCUUAGAUAAAUAAAAUUCAAAUAUGUUUUAUGUUUUAGAAAAUUAAAAACUUAACAGGAUUUUGCAGUGCACUUUUUUCAUUCCUCAAGAAAGUGCCAAAAUAAACUAAGUUGGUAAAGAGGUUUUGAGAACUUCCCCACAGGUAAUAAUUGAAGUGAACUGUAUUGAUUGACAUGGACAAUAGAUACCUGACAAUAAUUGGUGAUUUAAACUGUGUACCUGUGUGGACCAUAUCAAGUGAAAUUUAACUGUUUGUUAAUUUUAUCACCUUAUGCAGGGACGAAAAAAGUGCACUGCAAAAUCCAGUUAAAUUUAAAAUUUUCUAAAACAUACAAUGCAUUUGAAUUUUAUUUAUCUAGGGCAUGCUAUGCCUUAAAACUUUUUCAGAUGCACAGGGUUGUCUGUACUCAGAGUAAAUUUUGAGGUGAAAACGCAGCCUUUUAAGCCAAAGGGUCCACAUGAACCUUAAGGUUUGUUCAAGUUUACCUACCAUUGGUCAUUAGACAGAGACAAUUUUAUAAAAUUUACAUGUUUUUUUAUGCUUUUUAACCCUUAUCUUACUUAGCUAUUAUUUGGUAUAUGAAUUGGUACAGAGUUAUUUCCAGUUUUAUUCUAUUGACAAACUUUUGAUCAAAUUACCUCCCUUGGACUUAGAAACUGUGUUUAAAAUGAAUUUUUACCUUUUCUUGAGAAUAUAGCCAAAAGAUUAACUUCAAUGAUAUGAUUUAAUGAAUGGGACAGUGGCUGACCUAUUUUUUGAAGAUCUGCAUCAAGGUUGAAUAUUUAUGCUUAUGUAUUUUUAUUUAAAUAUUCAAAAUAACUCAGGGAUUAUAAAAAUAGGAAAUUUGUUUUUAAAACUCGUUUUGAAACUACAUUAAAUUAAUUUAUUUUUGCACUACACACACAUGAGUAUAUUUUGGUAAGUCAUGGUAUAAAUUGUUGACAUUUCUAACUCCAAGGAAUGUAAUUGUAUAUGAUAUUAAUUUUUAUAACUUUAUGAAUAUAUUCUUAAAAGCAGAAAUAAUUAUUUAUUUAGUGUUUAAAAUAUUCAUAUGGAUACAUAGACUAAACAAAUAUAAAAUUGUAUACAAUAAAGUAGUGGAUAUAGAUUCCACUAAUUUUAUCUUUGAACUAGUUUAUAGACAUAACAUACUGAAACCUAAACAUGAAUGAAAGUUGUUUUUCUAUAAGAAUGAAUAUAAAGCAAGUUAAAAUGUUUUCAUAAUAAUAAAAUAGUUCUUUUGUCUCCUUCUAUUAGCUUGUUUUAUUUUAAUGUCAAUAUUUAGGACAAAGGAAAGUUUUCAAAAAGUCCUAUAUCAUAGUGGUUUUUAGAUAAUCAGUCACGCGUUAAUAUUUGACAUGUUAAGUUGUCCUGUUUUUUAAACCUAUAAUCAAACAGAUGUUUUAUUUUUAUACAUACUUUAAUAUUUUAAUAAUUAGCAGCAUUUCAAAAUCAAUAACCUUCUUAGGGAUUGUCUGUGAAAUUUUAAAUCUCAAGCUGUAAUUUAGAACAUGUUACUGUUUAUCUGAAAGUAUUAUAUAAGUAAUACUGCUAAAAUACUUACAACUAAAUAGUAACAUGUUCUAAAUUAGAGCUUGAGAUUAAAGAUUUCAUAGACAAUCCAUUAUUCUAAACACAAGUAAUUAUGAUACAGUGCAUGGUUUAGUCUACUUACAUAUUGAACUGACCAUGAUAUAAACCAUUGAUCAAGAUUAAGCUUCUUUAAAUCAAGGCAUAUUAAAAUGUGGAAGUACUUCUUGUCUAAAAAUGUGCUGUCUUGUAUCUUAAAAUUCAUUUAAACAGAAACGAUAUGAUAAAUAAUUGAUACUUCCCACCCCACCCCCAUCAACAAAUUGAGAAAUGUUUUAGUGGUGUUUCUCCUGGUUCUUAUCCAGUCUUGUAAAGGACAUAAUUUUAUUUAUCUUUGACACUUGCUUAUAAAAUUUGGCAUGAAGCUGUGUACUAAGUUUCAGGUUGAUUGGACUUCAACUUCAUCAAAAACUACCUUGACCAAAAACUUUAACCUGAAGCGGGACGAACGGACGGACAGAAGGAUGGACUGACAAACGGACAAAUGAACAGAUGCAUAGACCGAAAAACAUAAUUCCCUAGGUGGGGUAUAAAAUGGUUCAGAUCCCCACCCCUUAAUCAUAUAUAGUUUUUAAUUGCCUUGAUAAGACACUUUCUAGUUUACUAUAGGUUUUGUUCCUGUGGUACAUACCCUACCCCAUGCAUAUCAUUGAUUGUUAAAUAUCUUGAAAAUUGUUCAUAUCCGUAACUGUAUAUAUUCUUAAUGUCAUAACAAUACCUUCAUAUUACACCAUAGAUCUUUUCUCUAGGGGUCAUGCACUGGACAUUAAGCAACCAACAAUCAAUCAAUCUAGGGGUCGUGCCCUCUCCCUUUUUAUCAUUGAUUGUUGAAUUUAUUACAAACUUUCUAAAUCCCUACCCUUAAACCAUAUACAGUGGAACCUAGUUGUGUCAAACUCAGUUGUUUCUAAGCUCAGAUAAAUUGAGAUAAAAUUCCUGAUUGUCUUUGCUGUAUAUAACUAUGAAUAUAGAAUAACCCUGAUGUGUUGAAGUUCAAAGUUAAAAAAAUUGAAGGAAAAAAAAAACAAAUUUUAGCUAGAGUAUGAGUUAGUUUAUGUAUAACAUUGGAUGUUUCGAUAACAUAAAAAAUCCGACUUCUAUAGUAUAGUAGAUGGCCAGAUGUAUAAUUGUUGGAUCCUUACUUUUUUUUUCUUACUAUUGUCAUGCAGAUAUCAAGAUUUAUUAAGCUUUCAUUACGUCACCUUUUUCAAACCAUGAAAACAGAUAUUCACUAUUAAUUGUAGUUAGGAUUUUGUGCUUACUUAAAUAUUCUGGAAAAUCUGAUAGAUUAAUGCUAGAAAGUAUUGUUAUAUCAUAUUAAUAAAACUUAACAGUAACAAAGAAACAGAGACAUAACAAUUACAAUUGUGAUACACAGUUAAAUAUAAUAGAAUGUUGACUGAUUCAAAGGUUCAGCAGACCAUUCAAUGAGGAUUUAAUCAUUACUGAGUAAACUGGAUACUACCUGUUAAAUUGGAAAAGUACUGGACAUAACAGUUGUAGGAUUAAAUACUUGAAAUUUUCCAUUAAUAAAUAUUUAUAUCAGAGGAAAAUGAGUGAUGUAUACUGGUUUAUUUAAAACAUAGUUUACAAUUGAAAUGUGAAAACAUUUGUUAUAUAAUGUAAUAUCUAUCCAUGCAGAUUCCAUUGAACACUCGUGACUAUGUAUAGGUAGCAAUAAGUAUUUGUCAACUAUAUUUUAUUUCACAUACUAUUUAAUAGCAAACAAGGCUGUUUUAGAUGUUUAUUCAGUAAAGUAUAUAAUACAAAAUAAGUCAGAACUUCAGUGAAAUAUUUUUAGUGUAUGGUUUUACCUAAACAUAGAUGUUGUUAGUCCUUUAUGUAACUUGUUUGAAACAGGGACAGUCAGAACUGGUUUCUUGUUGUUAGUCCUGUAUGUAACUGUUUGAAGCAGGGACAGUCAGAACUGGUUUCUUGUUGUUAGUCCUUUAUGUAACUGUUUGAAGCAGGGACAGUCAGAACUGGUUUCUUGUUGUUAGUCCUUUAUGUAACUGUUGUUUGAAGCAGGGACAGUCGGAACUGGUUUCUUGUUUCAUUUAGACCUUAGAGUUGCCGGUCAAAGAAUUAUUUUUUUUGUUAUAUUUGCUUCUACAUGUAUAACCAUAGAAUUUUUUAAGUCUGUUAAUAUUGUCUUUUUUAUAGCUAGUAUUAUCAAAAUUUUGUUUUCUAAAUGUUUUUGCUUAUAUAUGUUUUAAUAAAAACUUGCUGAAUA